AUGUCUUCUUUACAGCAGAAAGACGGUCAUGAUGAUUCAUCCUCGGAAUUGAUAAUAACCUCUUCAAUUCGAGAGGAUGAAAGGAUUUUCCAAAAUAAUCAUCAAGAAUCUGGUGAUUUGCCAUUGCAUUCAAACAAAAGAAACGAAGAAGAAGAACAUGAUAGAAUUGUAUCCAAUGAUGAUGACGUAGCUUAUCGGGAUGAAGAAUCGGAAGGCUCUCAUGGUCAUUCUGAGAGUGGCAAUAAUACCCGAGAACCGGUGGACAAAUGGAAAAUGCUGAAAGAUAUAGGAUGGAAUAUGACCAUUGUUGGCUCAACAUCGUUUAGAGGUGGCGUUGCUAACUUGAUGAAUAGAUUUUGUGAAAAAGUGAAUUGGUUAAGUUUUAAUGAAUUUAUGGAGGUGUAUAUGAUGUCACAUUUAGUACCAGGAGCUAAACCAUCACAAAUUGCUAUGGGCAUUGCAAUACCUAGAUAUGGAAUUAUUGGAGGAAUUUUGUCUUACUUGUUCUUUUCGAUACCUGGAUUUAUUUUGUGUCUUGCCAUGGGACUGUUUAUGUAUGAUUAUGACAGCAAAACAGCACCACAGUGGUUCGUUCAUGCUCAAAAGGGUUUGGCUUGCAGUGGUAUUGCAUUUGCUCUCCAGUCUGUGACAAGAUUUUCUUCUCUGCUCGAAAGCCCAGACAAGAAGAAAGGAAAGAAGAAGAAUGAUUCGAAAGGAGAGUCAAACGAAUUAUUUCCAUAUAUUUUACUGACAAUAGUUGCUGUCAUUACGAUGUUAUAUAGAAAAUCAUGGCUUCUUCCUGUGCUAUUAGUUAUUGGUGCUAUUCUAGGAAUAAUUUAUGCUGAAAUUAAGGAGCGAUGGACUAAUAGAAUUUCCCAUUUCGCACUCUAUGACUUGUUGAACGUGAAAGAAAAACAAUUCGAAAAAUUAUCAUGGAGGAAUCAACUGAGAUUUAUUGUACUAAUUUUAAAGACAUUCAUUCCAAAGUAUUCACGAGAAAUGAAACAAAGACGAGUAGAGCUUGAAGAGGAACACAAUGAGAGUGUAAAUACAAGCACUCCACAUGAAGACAACGAAGAUGAUAGAAAAAAUCCUUUCAAAUAUUUAGCAUCCUACAAAGUUGGAAUUUCUCUUAUAGUUCUAUAUUUUGUGCUGCUUGCAGUAUUAAUGGGAGGCUCAUUUAUUGUGGAGAGUAUUCCAUCAGGAUUUACGACCACCAACACAGGAUUGUCACAACCCACUUUUAUCCACUCGUCUCAAUUUCAAUAUCAAAAUAAUUCCGAUUCCAUAACAUCAAAACGAAAGAUCAAUGUAUGGACCGAAUGGAUCAUUAUGACCUCUUUCUUUUAUCGAUGUGGCUCCUUAAUUUACGGUGGAGCUGUUGUAAACGUGGUCAUUAUUCGAGAUGAAAUGAUAGAAAGAGGAUGGGUUAAUGAGGAACAAUUUAUCAAUGGCUACAGUUUAACGAAUGCUGCUCCAGGUCCACGUUUUAGUUUAGGAUUUUACUUUGGAGCAAUCAUUGCUGGAAAUUUGUUAAAUGCUGGAAAUAAUUCUUCCCAAAUUCCUUCCAAUAAUUCUACAUCUAUGCUUAAACAACAACAGUUAUUGCUUCCAGAAUUGGAUUUGAUGGACCAAAACGCCGAUUCAAUCAUCACAACUGAGACUUCCACAACAGCUGAAUACUCUGCUUUUUCGCGAUAUUUCUUACCAUUAUUCUAUGGUGUGCUUGCUGGUAUUGCAUUCCACUUACCUGGAUUUAUUUUGUUGUUAGGAAUUGUUCCAUUAUGGGGAACUUUGAAAAGCAAGCCAAUUGUGCAAAAAAGCAAUGGUUGGAAUUAA